ACAGUAGUUUUCGGAGCGCCGGUCAUGGCGGACCAAGAGGAGACUUUUGGCCUUCAAAACUCUCCCGGUGGCUCGGAUUCAAGGGAAUUACAGACCGAUAAUAAAUCAGAGAAACAAAACGGGACCUCAAGCAAAUCCCCAUCAUCGCAGACGACUUACAUUCAGCAGGGAAUGGAGGGAAUAAAAGUCUACCUGCACGAGAGGGAACUCUGGUCAAAGUUUCACGAGGUGGGGACUGAGAUGAUCAUCACCAAAGCUGGAAGGCGAAUGUUCCCCAGCUUCAAAGUGAAGGUCACGGGAUUAAACCCCAAAACUAAAUAUAUUCUCCUGAUGGAUGUUGUUCCAGCGGACGACCAUCGGUACAAAUUCGCCGAUAAUAAAUGGUCUGUGACCGGGAAGGCAGAGCCCGCCAUGCCCGGCAGGCUCUACGUUCACCCGGACUCUCCCGCCACGGGUGCGCACUGGAUGAGGCAGCUGGUCUCCUUCCAGAAGCUGAAACUGACCAACAACCACCUGGACCCGUUCGGACACAUCAUCCUAAAUUCGAUGCACAAGUACCAACCGAGGAUCCACAUAGUGAAGGCAGAUGAAAAUAACGGCUUUGGCUCCAAAAACACGGCCUUCUGCACUCACGUCUUCCCCGAGACAGCCUUCAUUGCGGUUACGUCCUAUCAGAACCAUAAGAUAACCCAGUUGAAGAUUGAGAACAAUCCGUUUGCAAAAGGCUUUCGUGGAAGUGAUGACAUGGAACUGCACCGGAUGUCCAGAAUGCAAAGUACCAAGGAGUAUCCAGUAGUGCCUCGCAGUACAGUGCGCCAGAGAGUGGGCUCCAGUCAGAGCCCGUUCAGUGGGGAAGUCCAGGGAAUGGCCACCCCGAGCACCCUGAGCUCCCAGUACUCCCAGUGUGAGAACGGCGUCACAAGCACCUCCCAGGACAUGCUGCCUCAGUCAGGCUCGUACCCCCUGCCACAUGAGCACGGUCAGGAGUACCACUGCAUCAAGAGGAAAGUGGAGGAUGACUGUCACUCAGGUGAGCACAGCUAUAAGAAGGCCUAUCUGGAGAGUUCAUCCAGUGAGGAGGACCAUUACUACCGCCCAGUUGGCUACACCCAGAGCCUCGGCCUGGCUGGCGGGCCCUACCGCAGUGAGUCCAGCCAGCGGCAGGCCUGUAUGUAUGCCAGCGCCUCACAGGGUGCUGAACCUGUUCCUAGUUUGGAGGACAUCAGCUGCAACACUUGGGCCAGCGUUUCACCCUAUGGGAGUUGCUCUGUCACCACCAUGCAGCCAAUGGAGCGGCUGCCCUACCAGCACUUCUCCGCUCACUUCACCUCAGGGUCUCUGGUGUCCAGACUUGGCGGGGUAGGGGGCCACGCCUCUCCGCAGCUGGGCGAUGGCCACCACCCUGCCAUGUACCAGAGCUCCAUGACCCACCAGACUCUGGGCCGCCAGUGCAGUCCUGGGGCUGGGAUCCAGUCGCCAACAGCUGGCCUACAGGGAAACGAGUACCUCUAUACACACGGCAUACCACGUACACUAUCGCCACACCAGUACCACACUGUACAUAGUGUCAGCAUCAUGCCAGAGUGGAACGAGAACAGCUAAAAGAGCUUUUUUCACACUCAAGAGAUAAAAGAUAUUAAAGAGAAAAACACAACAAAGGACCAAAAUAAGGCAGGGUUUAGAUGAAUUUAUAUUUAUAUUUUUAGAGGAUGUGUUGCUGAUCAUCUUAAUGAGAUGGAUAUUUGUACAAUGGUGUUGAGUAGGAAAGCAAGCAUCUUAUCACUUAAUUUGUUGUGACAGCAUCUGCACUUAUAAGCAAAUAUCAUAAACAUGAACAAAGAGGAGCUGGACCACAGCAUGCGCAAAGACUGCUUCAGCGCAGAGAAAGUGAACACAGUGGAGAUUCAGACACUGAACAGAAGAACAGAAAUGCUUUGCCAGCAGUCCCCUGGUUGAUGAUGUUCUUGUGCGGUGGUGUUCUUUGGAUGUCAAUGUUUCGGAGACAUGUGAAUAUAUUUUCAUCUUUUUUUAACAAGUACAAAACUCUUGUUUUGUAUUUCCCGCAUUUGUGUAAAAAAGGUUGUUUGUCUUCUGUCACAUUAUCCAGAGUUCUCAUUUUAGGCAUUUUUUUCUUUUUUGUAGUUAACAACUUACUUUGUAGUCAAAUUGCUAUAAGUGAAAAAAUAAUAAGCAGAUGGGAGCUUUUGUUGUGGCUCUUUGGUGAAUUUGCUUGCUCUUAAAUCUGUCAGGAGGGUGACUUUUUUUCCUGUUGCUGGGUACAUUUACAUGCACGUCAAGAAUUUAAUCUUAAUGCCAUUUCGAGAAACAUGACAAGUAGGACACCAUUUCAAUAAAAAAAAUGUUAUUCAUGCACAGACUUUUCAGGCAGACACCCCUCUUCAGCUAUACAAGAUGAAGUGCAACAAUGUAGCCAAUGACAUUAACAUGAAAUUAAAGAAUACAGUGAUAACCAGAUUUUUAACCUAAGUCGUAUUAUUUAAUCACCUACUUUAUACCUCUCAGUUUGCAGGGUGCACUGCACUUCAGAAAAGACGUGGCAGCAUCCCAGAAGAACUAAUAAUAAAAUGUUAAAGUAAAAAGCCCCACAGUGCCCACACGUUCAACCUGCUUACAUCCAGCUCUCCUAUUGCCAUUCAGGUAUAUUAAGCAAAAUUAUAAAUAACUAAAUUUAUUAAAAAUGUUAAUAAAUUCCUGCCAUUUAUUUUUGGUUGACUUGAGAUUAUUGGAUGUGGACACAUCGUCUUGUUCUUCCAUUAUGUAUCCUCAAGUCAUCAUGUUGUCAGAAACACAACACUGAAUGAAUGCAAAUGUCUCUCAGUGUCUACUGGAUGUAAUUAGGCAAUGGGUUGCUAACACAUUACAACUUUAUAAGGUGAUAAUAUGUCAAGGCUGUGGGUCUGUCACCUUGUUGUGGUGUUCUUCUGCCCCCAAGUGGCCAAAAAAAUCAUUAAUGCAGCUUUAAUUGAUGUAAUUAUUCUAUCACAGCUUUGUAACGAUUAGCAGUUGGAGUGUGACUGUCAUUCACUUGAAAAGGCAUGUGUUGAUCCCUGUUACAGUUUGACUUUGGUUUCACUGGAUAGUAUUGAGAAUGGUGCUGGAGAGGGAUUUAAGUCUACAAUAAAGAAACUGAUGAAUUCCAGGUCAUAAUAGUGUAGCAUUUUAAUAAUUUGUGCACAAAAACAAGCCCUUACAGUUCUUGCUCUAGUAUUCCAAUCCACAAAAAAAAGCAUAAUUACACUAAAUUAAUCAUAGGAAAGGGCAAUAAGUGGAACUUUUCCAGUUGGCACCAAAAUAUAAGAUGUGUCAUGACUAUUUUUAUUAUCAAUUACUGAAUUGGCAUUAGUAAAGACGAAUGGAAAACACUAAAAUUUUUAUGUUGCAAGCACAAGCAUCACCUGUGGUUUUAACUCCAAAAGUGUUUGUAUGAUCUCUAUAUGAUGAAACAUGUCUUCCAUGCCAUUAUUUUAACAUUUUGAAGAAAAUCAGAGAAAUCAAGUUUCAAAUAGAGUUCACGGCCAUCAAGCGCUGCCCAUUCUGGCCCCAUAUCACUUUGUGAUGUUUAGGUGUAGGGGCAUCUGUCCAAUCACACACUGGUUAAUUAGCUGGCACGUACACAGCAAUGGAUUCUCUCCAACUUGUUGCUCAGCACUGCCAUGCUGCAAAACCUUGCCACAGUCUGUGUGUUGUGCAUUCUGGAUUAUCCACCUCUAAAUGCUUUUGUUAUGUAGACACAAACAGUAUUUUAUUGUAAUUUCAGACAAAGGUUUUUGCAUCUAAAACACUACAAAUAUGUUGCCUUCUUUGUGACAUAACAACCCUGCUAAGUUUGAAGGAGAUUUCUAUUCUUUGUCUAAGUUGUAGUUGUGUGUUUCAUGCUGUGCUCAGUGAAUGUGUGUGUUCUAAAAUAUUUUGCAUUAAUCCCCAAAAUGGCACUUCUCUAACAGUCUAACUAAACCAACAGGUAAAGUAAAUUUGAAAAAGCAAACAAAAUUUACUUAGACAUUAUGAAGCAAAGGUCAGUUUCACCCUACAAAUGAGUGUAUGUUAAAGGUAUGUUUUACAUGUGGACAAAGGCUAAUUUUUAAAUGCUUGUAGUUGAUAGGAUGCUAUUUGUCAAUAGUAUUUAUUUUUCAACUAUGUAAAUCAGCUUGCUCCUGCAUGUAUCAAAAUAGAUGGCCCCAUUUCUUUUUUUAUAGCCUGUUUUUAAUGAUUGUUUAUAGGAUUUUCUAAUCAUACUUAUAUAGAAAACAGGAAAUUACUAUACAGCUGUCAGAAAAGUAUCAAAAUAAGAUUGAAACACAUGGGUAACUUUGUAAAUAAACAUGUACAUAACAGAAUACCUGCAAUAAAUUAAAAAAA